AUGCUUGAUACUGUCAACAAUAUUGACCACAGCUUAAAUGAGGAGGAUAAUACUUCUGUUCACAGCAAUAUGACUACCAGUAGCAACAAUAGUGCUCACUCUAAUUCUUCUUCAGAUUCAUCCACAAUAUUAGCCUCAAGGCCAUUACCACAUACACACAUGACAGCUGCUUCAGAACGUCGUUGCUGGAUCUGUUUUGGAGACAAUUCGGAUUCACAAGGAAAAUGGGUUAAGCCUUGUCAAUGUUCCUUGGAGGCACACCAGUCUUGUCUCUUGGACUGGAUUGCAGAAAAUCAAAAGGCAUCACCUACAAAGACAUGUUCAGCCGAGUAUCAUCUUGCACAACGAAACAGUAUUACACUAGCCUUAUUAACAUUGAUGGAUUCACUGGUUCGAACAAGUGCACCCUAUAUCACCGUUCUUGGCGUAGGUUGCUCGAUAUUGAUCACAUGCACAACCUAUGGAGCUUAUUCUAUCAUGGUCAUGUUUGGUCAAAAAGAAGGGGAGCGACUGAUUGGCAACCCAAACAGUUGGACUUGGAAAACUUGGAUUGGAUUACCAAUGAUACCUAUAACACUCAUUUCAACCAAGACACGUUGGGGAGACUUUAUUUUGCCAGUCGCUGCGGCAUCCUUCAUACGAGCCAUCGGUUACCGUCCCGAGGGCGGCUGGUUUAGGUCAUCUGUCUCACCUGCUGCAUUAACAUUUGGCGUGAUACCCUGGAUUUGUGUAUUUUAUAGAAAUGCAUACACAUUGACUCAGCGAUACAUUACAAGGUCGCUUUCAUUACAAGAGCCUUCUAUCAUUACCAACAGUGCCAACAGCAACAUAUUCAGCAGAAGACGAUCAUCCAUAAGUGGAGAAGAAAACAUAUCCGAUAGAGAAAGAAAUCUCGAACUGGAAAUGAUCAAUGGCCGUGGGGGCAGUAUAGGUCUAUCUCUCAUUAGCGCUUUACUAUGGCCAACGUUCAGCAGUCUAAUAGGUGGAUUGCUCUAUAAAUCAAAGUGGAUUAGACACUAUUUCCCAGAAACAUUUCAGCGCAAUGUUUUGGGAGGAUGCUUAUUCGUUGUUGCUAAAGAUAUUGGAAAUUUAAUUUAUAAAUACGAAAGGAUACGUCAAUACAGGUCAAGAAGAGUUAAAAGCUAUGACGAAGUUCAACAAGCACGUCAACGUUAUCAUCGCCGUUAA